AUGACGGCAGAAUCAAAUCGCAGGCGCAAUGGCUAUAGGGAGUGCGACGACCCAGAAUUAGCACACAUCCCCAAUGGAUCCGACGGGUUUCCGCUGGAAACAGUCACAUGGCGAGAUCGUAUCGCUCACUUCACCUGGCCUUGGUUUGCGUGCACAAUGUCUACCGGAGCCGUCGCCGUCGUCAUAGGCAAUACGCCGAACAGAUUUGCUGGUCUUGACACCAUUGGGAAAAUCUUCUUCAUCUUGGCUCUGGUUUUGUUCAUCGCUUUCAACGGUCUUAUCGCUACACGAUUCUUUCUGGUACCUGAUAAAUUUCUCGCUUCUUUGCAUCAUCCCGUGGAAUCACUCUUCGUGGGAAGUUACUGGGUUUCCGUUUCUCUUCUUCUCACCUGUAUGCAACUUUAUGGCGCGCCGAGCGUUGGUCCCUGGCUUAUCAAAACUCUUGAGAUUCUAUUCUGGAUGUACUGCGCCAUGGUACUCAUUGUCGGCGUGUUACAGUACUACGUGUUAUUCCAGCUGGAGCGUCUCAAGGUCAACAAUGCUAUGCCUGCCUGGAUUUUCCCAAUCUAUCCCCUGCUUGUAGUCGGCCCCUUGGCUCAAACUCUGGUUCCGUACCAACCACACGAUGCGGCUGUCAAGAUUUGGUUCGGUGGAAUCAUGCUGCAAGGUGCAGGAUGGUGUGUCGCUCUGAUGAUGUAUGCCAUCUACACACAAAGAUUGAUGGUCAGCGCUCUGCCAGAUCCCUCCACAAGACCUGGCAUGUUUGUCAGUGUGGGGCCAGCUGGUUACACUGCUCAUGCCCUCAUGUCACUGGGUCGGCAAGCUCCCAAAGUAUUUGGCGACAGCGAACUGUUCGGGAUUACUUCACUGCCGAUGGGAGAUGUGAUCAAAGUCAUUGGAAUCCUUGCAGGGUUCUUUGUGAUCCUGUUCUCUUUCUGGUUCUUCUGCGUCUCACUCGUCUCGGUCCUUGCUGGUGUCAAGGAAAUGUCAUUCACUUUGAAUUGGUGGGCAUUUGUCUUCCCCAAUGCUGGCCUUACCCUUGCCUCUAUUCAAGCCGGAGCUGCUCUAGAAAGCGCGGGCAUCAAUGGUGUAUGCAGUGCUUUGACCAUUGGGCUGGUUAUCAUGUGGAUCAUCUGCGCGAUCGCAAACAUUCGAGCUGUGUGGAAGAAAGAGAUUAUGUGGCCUGGGAAAGAUGAGGACAAGACGGAAAACGGUGUCAAAUGGGGAGCACAUGUUGCAUAA